AUGCAACGAUUACUGGUAUUUGUCUCUCUUACGGCUUUAGAUCUCGUGUACGGUAAAGGACGUGUUGAUGAUGGAUGUGUUACCUUAACCGAUGGAGACAAAUCUUUCAAUGGGGAAAUCGAGUAUGUCCCCAUGAAAUGGUUUGAAACGCCCUCGGUUGUUUCUUUAAGUCCAGCAUGUACAGGAGAAACAGCACUUGGGUUGGAAAGUGGUCUCGUUACAUUCCAGCAAAUGACGGCAUCCUCCACCUUCAAGAAAAAUCACGGUCCAUCUAACGGAAGACUCAAUCACGCGGCUGCAGAUGGAAAAACAGGCGCCUGGUCAGCUGGGGCUAAUGAUACAAAUCAGUGGCUUCAAGUGGAUUUUGGAAGAAAUGCCAGAAUUACAAAGCUCGCUACUCAAGGGCGUCAAGACUACGAUCAGUGGGUGAAGACAUUUACUCUUUCAUACACUCUUGAUGGCAACCCUUCUUUUCAGAUUUACCAGGAGAAUGGGGCUGAAAAGGUUUUUAACGCAAACAAGGACAGGGACACCAUCGUGAAUCAUGUACUAAUUCAGCCAAUCAUAGCCCGGUCCGUCCAAAUAAACCCAAAAUCAUGGAAUGGUCAUAUCUCCAUGAGAGCAGAGUUUUACGGAUGCAUACUUUCAGACCGAUACCAAGUGUUGGGCCGAGUAGUGCACAUGGAUUUCGUAAAAGAGCAACUAAAAACAAAGAAAAAGGUCAACUUUGGAGACUCCCAGGAACAAACUAAUGGAAUCGAGCUUGCAGUCAUGGCAGAUACCAUUUAUGUGAAGGGAGACAUUAAAAUGCGUGGCACCAAGAAAUUGACAAUGUUCAGCCGUAAGCUUUCAUUUUUGAAAGGAAGUAAACUGGAUCUCAGAGCUCCAGAUCUGCUACAAACCUUUGAUAAACUUGAACCUGGUGCUGAUGGAAAGGAUGGCAACCAUGGUGUAAAUGGGACCAUAGUGGAGAUAUCAGCCCAUACUGUCUUAGGAUACAUCAACAUCAUAACUAACGGCGGUAAUGGAAACAAAGGCCAAAAUGGCGCGGAUGGGAGGAAAGGGGCUGACAGCAUGGCAAAGGAGCUGGAUAAAACACAAUCAGACUGUAAUGCCCAUACUAAGAGGAAUGACAAGGGCAAAGUCACUGGGUGUACAGAAAAUAUCAAAGGGACACCAGGUGCCAAAGGAGGAAAUGGAGGAGAUGGGGGAUACUCUGGAAAGUCAGGUAACGGAGGAAACGCUGGUCGUCAAACAAUCUAUAUAACAAGAUUGCUCGGGAAUAUAGAGUUAAAGACGUGUCGCGGAACAGGAGGACAAGCGGCUAAAAAUGGUGUGGGGGGAGAAGGAGGCCAAGGUGGACUCGGAGGUCGUGGAAUCAAAUGCAAAUACCGCCGAAGAAGCAAGCUAGUCGGACUAGCAUGCAAGGCUGAUGGUCAAACUGAGGCUUCUCGAGGACCAACUGGAAAUAAAGGUCGCAGCGGGCAAACCCCUGUAAGCGCUGGUUCAACUGGUCAGGUAGCAGACACCUUCCUGCAAAAGUUAAACCUCGAUCGCAGCCAGAAAGAUAAAUAUCCAGUGGUACUGAUGAAGGUGAUGACAAGAUACGCUGAAGACCUUGUUUGGCUCAACAACACCAGAAAUGCGCAAGCAGUGUUUGAGUUUAUAGCUGAUUUAGCGACUGGAAGAGAUGAUGACCUAGAAAAAUUUGCAAAGCGAAGGCUGGGUUUCCUAAACAAGAAAGGAUUUGAUAGAUUUGGAAAUAAUAAACUAUUUGCACCUCUGAUGAAAUGGGAAACGUUUAAAGAGCAACUUGUGCGGAUAAAAGAUAAUGCACAAUCAUAUGAAAAUGCCUACAAUGAGAUACGGGCAUCUAUCGAACGACAGGAAGGUAUUAAGCAAGUGCUGCAAGCCCUUCCUUUACCAGCCAAGAUUCAAGUCCAUAAAGAAAAAGAAAGACUUGUGGAGGCAAGAAGGAUAGCAUUGAGCGAGAAGAGAGCCUAUGUGCAGGUGCGUACCGCCCGGCUUUUCAUUUAA